GGGGGAGGAGAGGGAGCCCUAGGCGCGAGCGGGGGAGAGGGGACCUGCAGCCACAACUUCUUUCUUCCUCUCCUUCCCCUCUGUCCCUCUACCCUUCCCCUUCCCCAUCAUCCAGCCCUUACCUUCUUGGCGGCGUCGGCCCGUAGCGGGCACUGGAAGGGACUCCUCUGGCAGGUUGCGAAAAAGAAGCCAAACUUGGUGGAAAGUUGUCUCCUGGUUAGAGCGUCUAUAUCCCCGCACCUUCUCAAGAUGCUCGGGGGUCCGGGACCCGGGCUGCUGCUGCUGGCCGUCCUGUCCCUGGGGACAACGGUGCCCUCCACUGGAGCGUCGAAGAGCAAGAGGCAGGCUCAGCAGAUCGUUCAGCCCCAAUCCCCGUUGGUUGACAGCCAACGCAAGCCUGGUUGUUACGACAAUGGAAAACACUAUCAGAUAAACCAACAAUGGGAGCGCACUUACCUGGGCAGUGCCUUGGUUUGUACCUGUUAUGGAGGGAGCCGGGGCUUCAACUGUGAGAGCAAGCCUGAGCCUGAAGAGACCUGCUUUGACAAGUACACUGGGAACACUUACCGGGUGGGCGACACUUAUGAGCGCCCUAAAGACUCCAUGAUCUGGGACUGUACCUGCAUUGGAGCUGGGCGAGGCAGAAUAAGUUGCACCAUUGCAAACCGCUGCCAUGAAGGGGGUCAGUCCUACAAGAUUGGUGACACUUGGAGGAGACCGCAUGAGACUGGUGGUUACAUGUUAGAGUGUGUGUGUCUUGGUAAUGGGAAAGGAGAAUGGACCUGCAAGCCCAUAGCUGAGAAAUGUUUUGAUCACGCGGCUGGAGGGACUUCCUACGUUGUCGGGGAGACCUGGGAAAAGCCUUAUCAGGGCUGGAUGAUGGUGGAUUGUACUUGUCUGGGAGAAGGCAGUGGACGUAUCACCUGUACCUCUAGAAACAGAUGCAACGAUCAGGACACCAGAACAUCCUAUAGAAUUGGGGAUACCUGGAGCAAGAAGGACAAUCGGGGGAACCUGCUCCAGUGCAUCUGCACAGGCAACGGCCGUGGGGAGUGGAAGUGUGAGAGGCACACAUCUCUGCAGACCACAUCUGCUGGAUCUGGCUCCUUCACAGAUGUCCGAACAGCCAUUUACCAGCCCCAGCCUCACCCCCAGCCUGCUCCAUAUGGUCACUGUGUCACAGACAGCGGUGUGGUUUAUUCCGUGGGGAUGCAGUGGCUGAAGACACAAGGAAAUAAGCAAAUGCUUUGCACUUGCCUGGGCAAUGGAGUCAGCUGCCAAGAGACAGCUGUCACCCAGACUUACGGUGGCAACUCCAAUGGGGAGCCAUGCGUCCUCCCAUUCACCUACAACGGCAGGACCUUCUACUCCUGCACCACAGAAGGGCGACAGGACGGACAUCUCUGGUGCAGCACAACUUCCAAUUAUGAACAAGACCAGAAAUAUUCUUUCUGUACAGACCAUACUGUUCUGGUUCAGACUCGAGGUGGAAAUUCCAAUGGUGCUUUGUGCCACUUUCCCUUCCUGUACAACAACCGAAACUAUACCGACUGUACUUCCGAGGGCAGAAGGGACAACAUGAAAUGGUGUGGAACCACACAGAACUAUGACGCUGACCAGAAGUUUGGAUUCUGCCCCAUGGCUGCCCAUGAGGAAAUCUGCACAACCAACGAAGGAGUCAUGUAUCGCAUUGGAGAUCAGUGGGACAAACAGCAUGAUAUGGGUCACAUGAUGAGAUGCACAUGUGUUGGGAACGGUCGCGGGGAAUGGACAUGUGUUGCUUACUCACAGCUCCGAGAUCAGUGCAUUGUUGACGAUAUCACAUACAAUGUGAAUGACACGUUCCACAAACGUCACGAGGAGGGACACAUGCUGAACUGCACCUGCUUUGGUCAGGGUCGGGGCCGAUGGAAGUGCGAUCCCGUUGACCAAUGCCAGGAUUCGGAAACCCGCACCUUUUAUCAAAUUGGAGACUCAUGGGAGAAGUAUGUGCAUGGGGUCAGGUACCAGUGCUACUGCUAUGGCCGAGGCAUUGGAGAGUGGCACUGCCAACCCUUACAGACCUAUCCAGGCACAACUGGUCCUGUCCAAGUGAUCAUCACUGAGACCCCCAGUCAGCCCAACUCACACCCCAUCCAAUGGAAUGCACCAGAACCAUCUCACAUUUCCAAGUACAUUCUCAGAUGGAAACCUAAAAAUUCUCCAAACCGUUGGAAGGAAGCCACCAUUCCAGGCCACUUGAACUCAUACACCAUCAAGGGCUUGCGGCCAGGUGUGGUAUACGAGGGCCAGCUCAUCAGCGUCCAGCACUACGGCCACAGAGAGGUGACUCGCUUCGACUUCACCACCACCAGCACAAGCUCAGCAGUGACCAGCAACACCGUGGUGGGAGAGACAACACCCUUUUCUCCUGUUGUGGCCACUUCCGAAUCAGUGACGGAAAUCACAGCCAGCAGCUUUGUGGUCUCCUGGGUCUCGGCAUCGGACACUGUGUCAGGAUUCCGGGUGGAGUAUGAGCUGAGCGAGGAGGGCGAUGAACCACAGUACCUGGAUCUUCCCAGCACCGCCACUUCUGUGAACAUCCCUGACCUGCUUCCUGGCCGAAAAUACAUUGUGAAUGUCUAUCAGAUAUCCGAAGAAGGAGAGCAGAGUUUGAUUCUGUCCACUUCGCAGACAACAGCCCCUGAUGCGCCUCCUGACCCUACCGUGGACCAAGUUGAUGACACCUCGAUUGUCGUUCGCUGGAGCAGACCCCAGGCACCUAUCACAGGCUAUAGAAUCGUCUAUUCCCCGUCUGUAGAAGGUAGUAGCACAGAACUCAACCUUCCUGAAACUGCCAACUCUGUCACUCUCAGUGACUUGCAACCUGGUGUCCAGUACAACAUCACAAUCUAUGCUGUGGAAGAAAAUCAAGAAAGUACCCCUGUCUUCAUCCAGCAAGAAACCACUGGCGUCCCACGUCCAGAUAAAGUGCCCCCUCCCAAGGACCUGCAGUUUGUGGAAGUGACGGACGUGAAGGUCACCAUCAUGUGGACACCCCCCGAGAGCCCGGUGACCGGUUACCGCGUGGACGUGAUCCCCGUCAACCUGCCUGGCGAGCAUGGGCAGAGGCUGCCCAUCAGCAGGAACACCUUUGCAGAAGUCACCGGGCUGUCCCCUGGAGUCACCUACCACUUCAAAGUCUUCGCCGUGAACCAGGGGAGGGAGAGCAAGCCUCUGACAGCACAACAGACAACCAAAUUGGAUGCUCCCACCAACCUCCAGUUUAUCAACGAAACGGACUCAACCGUCACGGUGACCUGGACACCACCUCGCGCCAGGAUAGCCGGCUACCGAUUGACUGUGGGCCUGACCCGGGGAGGCCAGCCCAAGCAGUACAACGUGGGGCCAUCAGCCUCUCAGUACCCACUAAGGAAUCUGCAGCCUGGCUCUGAGUAUGCUGUGACCCUCGUGGCCGUAAAAGGCAACCAGCAGAGCCCCAGAGCCACUGGCGUCUUCACCACUUUGCAGCCUGUGGGCUCCAUUCCACCUUACAACACAGAGGUGACUGAGACCACCAUUGUGAUCACAUGGACCCCUGCCCCAAGGAUCGGCUUUAAGCUGGGUGUACGACCAAGCCAGGGAGGGGAAGCACCACGAGAAGUGACCUCAGACUCAGGAAGCAUCGUUGUGUCCGGCCUGACUCCAGGCGUGGAAUACGUUUACACCAUCUCAGUCCUGAGAGACGGGCAAGAGAGAGAUACCCCAAUUGUGAAGAAAGUGGUGACACCACUGUCCCCACCAACAAACUUGCACCUGGAGGCAAACCCUGACACUGGAGUGCUUACCGUCUCCUGGGAGAGGAGCACCACCCCAGACAUUACUGGCUAUAGAAUUACCACCACCCCUACAAAUGGCCAGCAGGGAUAUUCUUUGGAAGAAGUGGUCCAUGCAGAUCAGAGUUCCUGCACCUUUGAAAACCUAAGCCCUGGCCUGGAGUACAAUGUCAGUGUUUAUACUGUCAAAAAUGACAAGGAAAGUGUUCCUAUCUCUGAUACCAUCAUCCCAGAGGUGCCCCAACUCACUGACCUAAGCUUUGUUGAUAUAACCGAUUCAAGCAUCGGCCUGAGGUGGACCCCGAUUAACUCUUCCACCAUUAUCGGGUACCGCAUCACAGUAGUUGCGGCAGGAGAAGGUAUCCCUAUUUUUGAAGAUUUUGCGGACUCCUCAGUAGGAUACUACACAGUUACAGGGCUGGAGCCUGGCAUUGACUAUGACAUCAGCGUUAUCACUCUCAUUAAUGGCGGAGAGAGUGCCCCUACUACACUGACACAGCAAACGGCUGUCCCUCCUCCCACUGACCUGCGAUUUACCAAUGUUGGUCCUGAUACGAUACGUGUCACCUGGGCUCCACCUCCAUCCAUUGAACUGACCAACUUCCUGGUGCGCUACUCCCCUGUGAAAAAUGAGGAGGAUGUGGCAGAGCUGUCCAUUUCUCCUUCAGACAACGCAGUGGUCCUCACAAAUCUGCUGCCUGGCACAGAGUAUUUAGUCAGCGUCUCCAGUGUCUAUGAGCAGCAUGAAAGCAUACCUCUCAGAGGAAGACAGAAAACAGGUCUUGAUUCCCCAACUGGCAUUGACUUCUCUGAUAUCACCGCCAACUCUUUCACUGUGUACUGGAUCGCUCCUCGCGCCACCAUCACUGGCUACAAGAUCCGCCAUCACCCUGAGCACAUGGGUGGAAGACCUCGGGAAGAUCGCGUGCCCCCCUCUCGGAAUUCCAUCACCCUCACCAACCUCAUUCCAGGCGCGGAAUAUGUGGUCAGCAUCGUCGCUGUUAAUGGCAGAGAGGAAAGCCCUCCCUUGGUCGGCCAACAAUCCACAGUUUCUGAUGUUCCAAGGGACCUGCAGGUCAUUGCCACAACCCCCACCAGCCUGUUGAUCAGCUGGGAUGCUCCUGCUGUCACAGUGAGAUAUUACAGGAUCACGUAUGGAGAAACAGGAGGAAAUAGCCCUGUCCAGGAGUUCACUGUGCCUGGGAGCAAGUCUACAGCUACCAUCAGUGGCCUUAAGCCUGGAGUAGACUACACCAUCACCGUCUAUGCUGUCACUGGCCGUGGGGACAGCCCGGCAAGCAGCAAGCCCGUUUCCAUUGAUUAUCGAACAGAAAUUGAUAAACCAUCCCAGAUGCAAGUGACUGAUGUCCAGGACAACAGCAUCAGUGUCAGGUGGCUGCCUUCAAGUUCCCAUGUUACUGGUUACAGAGUGACCACUACUCCUAAAAAUGGCUCAGGACCAUCAAAAACGAAAACUGUUGGUCCAGAUCAAACAGAAAUGACAAUAGAAGGCUUGCAGCCCACAGUGGAGUAUGUGGUUAGUGUCUACGCUCAGAAUCAAAACGGAGAGAGUCAGCCUCUGGUUCAGACAGCGGUAACCAACAUUGAUCGCCCCAAAGGACUGGCAUUCACUGAUGUGGAUGUCGAUUCCAUCAAAAUUGCUUGGGAAAGCCCACAGGGGCAAGUUUCCAGGUACAGGGUGACCUACUCGAGCCCUGAGGAUGGAAUCCAUGAGCUAUUCCCUGCACCUGAUGGUGAAGAAGACACUGCAGAGCUGCAAGGCCUCAGGCCGGGUUCUGAGUACACAGUCAGUGUGGUUGCCUUGCACGAUGAUAUGGAGAGCCAGCCCCUGAUUGGAACCCAGUCCACAGCCAUUCCUGCGCCAACCAACCUGAAGUUCACUCAGGUAACACCCACAAGCCUGACUGCCCAGUGGACAGCCCCCAACGUUCAGCUCACUGGGUAUCGAGUGCGGGUGACCCCCAAGGAGAAGACCGGGCCAAUGAAGGAAAUCAACCUUGCUCCUGAUAGCUCCUCUGUGGUCGUAUCAGGACUCAUGGUGGCCACCAAGUAUGAAGUGAGCAUCUAUGCUCUUAAGGACACUUUGACAAGCAGACCAGCUCAGGGAGUUGUCACGACCCUGGAGAAUGUCAGUCCUCCAAGAAGGGCCCGGGUGACAGAUGCUACUGAGACCACCAUCACCAUUAGCUGGAGGACCAAGACUGAGACGAUCACCGGCUUCCAAGUUGACGCCGUCCCAGCCAAUGGCCAGACUCCAAUCCAGAGAACCAUCAAGCCAGAUGUCAGGAGCUACACCAUCACAGGUUUACAACCCGGCACUGACUACAAGAUCUACUUGUACACCCUGAAUGACAAUGCCCGGAGCUCCCCUGUGGUCAUCGAUGCCUCCACUGCCAUCGAUGCACCAUCCAACUUGCGUUUCCUGGCCACCACACCCAAUUCCUUGUUGGUAUCAUGGCAGCCACCCCGUGCCAAGAUUACUGGUUACAUCAUCAAGUAUGAGAAGCCUGGGUCCCCUCCCAGAGAAGUGGUCCCUCGGCCCCGCCCUGGUGUCACAGAAGCUACUAUUACUGGUCUGGAACCAGCAACCGAGUACACAAUCCAGGUCAUUGCCCUCAAGAACAAUCAGAAGAGUGAGCCUCUGAUCGGGAGGAAAAGGACAGAUGAGCUUCCCCAACUGGUAACCCUUCCACACCCCAAUCUUCAUGGACCAGAGAUCUUGGAUGUUCCCUCCACAGUUCAAAAGACCCCUUUCGUCACCAAACCCGGGUAUGACACUGGAAACGGUAUUCAGCUUCCUGGCACUUCUGGUCAGCAGCCCAGUCUUGGGCAACAAAUGAUCUUUGAGGAGCAUGGUUUUAGGAGAACCACACCGCCCACAACGGCCACCCCCGUAAGGCAUAGGCCAGGACCGUAUACGCCGAAUGUAAAUGAGGAGAUCCAAGUUGGUCAUGUCCCCAGGGGAGACGUAGACCAUCACCUCUACCCUCACGUUCUGGGACUCAAUCCAAAUGCUUCUACAGGACAAGAAGCUCUCUCUCAGACAACCAUCUCAUGGACCCCAUUCCAGGAAAGCUCUGAAUAUAUCAUUUCAUGUCAUCCCGUGGGCAUUGAUGAAGAACCCUUGCAGUUCCGAGUUCCUGGAACUUCUGCUAGUGCCACCUUGACGGGUCUCACCAGAGGUGCCACCUACAACAUCAUAGUGGAGGCACUAAAAGACCAGAAGAGGCACAAGAUUCGGGAGGAGGUGGUUACCGUGGGCAAUUCUGUUGACCAAGGCCUAAGCCAACCCACGGAUGACUCGUGCUUCGACCCCUACACGGUUUCCCAUUAUGCCAUCGGAGAAGAGUGGGAGCGAUUAUCUGAAUCUGGCUUUAAGCUCUCGUGCCAGUGCUUAGGCUUUGGCAGUGGUCAUUUCAGAUGUGAUUCAUCUAAAUGGUGCCAUGACAAUGGUGUGAAUUACAAGAUUGGAGAGAAGUGGGAUCGUCAGGGAGAGAAUGGCCAGAUGAUGAGCUGCACGUGUCUCGGAAAUGGAAAAGGAGAAUUCAAGUGUGAUCCCCAUGAAGCGACAUGUUAUGAUGAUGGGAAGACAUACCAUGUGGGAGAACAGUGGCAGAAGGAAUAUCUCGGUGCCAUUUGCUCCUGCACGUGCUUUGGAGGCCAGCGGGGCUGGCGCUGUGACAACUGCCGCAGACCAGGGGCUGAACUCGGUCACGAAGGCUCCACCGGGCACUCCUACAACCAGUAUUCACAGAGAUACCAUCAGAGAACAAACACUAAUGUCAACUGCCCAAUUGAGUGCUUCAUGCCUUUAGAUGUACAGGCUGACAUAGAAGAUUCCCGAGAGUAAAAUUUCCAAGCUGGAGAAACAAGCACGGAUCUCUGCCAAGGUCCAUCCAAACUGGAGUGAUGUUAGCAGACCCCAUCCCAGUUUGUUUCUUUCUUAAGCCCUUUGCUCUGGAGUAAUUUCUUCAGCUUCAGCUCAACUCACAGCUUCUCCAAGCAUCACCCUGGGAGUGUUUUGAGACUUUUCUCAUAAAUGGCAGUACAUGGCCUGCUCUCCAAAGUGUUCAGUACCGCUCAAUAUUUUAAAUGAAAUGAUUCUAACUUGUGAUCUGAAUUGGGAUCAGUAGGGUUGCACAUGUACCAACCAAGAUGCAAAAUGUCUUGAAAUGAUAUUACCAAAAAUUUUAAGUAGGAAAGUUACCCAAACACUUCUGCUUCCACUUAACUGUCUGGCCCGCAAUAUUGUAGGAACAGCAUAUCCUUGUUACUGUGAUAUUUAAAAUAUCCACAGUACUCACUUUUUCCAGAUGACUUUGGUAAUUGCCUAGAAAUAUCUUUCUCUUACCUGUUAUUUAUCAAUUUUUCCCAGUAUUUUUAUAUGGAAUCAAAUUGUAUUGAAGACAGUUAGUAGGCAGUUGAUAAGAGGAAUUUGGUAUAAUUAUGGUUGGUGAUUAUUUUUUAUACUGUACAUGCCAAAGCUUUACUACUGUGGAAAGACAACUGUUUAGUAAAAGAUUUACAUUCCACAA